UAAAACCGUGGAAUUGCUUAUUGAGAAGGGCGCUGAUUUUGAAAUCCCGACCGGCUGGGGUCAGACAGCCCUCUAUAAUGCAUCGGUGAAUGGUGAUCCGAAGAUUGUCCGGCUGCUUCUCGACCAUGGAGCA